CGACACAACAACCGGGCCAGACUUCAGUACAGAGACCGCAGCGCGCAGUGUGUGUGUGUGUGUGUGUGUUUAAUGGUUAGGAAACUACUAUAUACAGGAUCUUUACUUAAAGUCGUUGUGCAUCAAGAUUUAACAUAAAGACAUGAUCUUCAACGCAGUCAGCAGAUCUCGUGCUGCUUUUAGUGCUUUUGUAGGCCAGGUGCAGCGUAGGUCUGCCCCGAACUCAUCCGGCUGGAGGAAGUUCUGCAGUAAACCACAGGAGCCAUGCGUGCCAACACAAGAAAGAGCAGGGUUCAAAAUGCCCGGCUACAGUCCCUCCGAGAUGGACAAGAGGAUGCUCGUGUGGUCCGGACGCUUCAAAUCCAAGGAGCAGAUCCCACAGUUUGUGUCAUUUGAGAUGAUUGACGCAGCCAGGAACCGAGUGCGUGUGAAGGCCUGCUAUGUCAUGAUCGUCCUGACUCUUGCAGGCUGCGUCUGGAUGAUCGUCCUGGGAAAACGGGCUGCAGGUCGCCAUGACAGCCUGAUCACCAGGAACAUGGAGAGAAAGGCUCGGUUGAGAGAAGAGGCACAGAAGGACCUAGAAGUGGAGGCAGCUCUGAAUGAGAAGAAAAUGCACUAAUGAGAUUUAUUCUCAAACAGGAGCAGUAAAAAUCUGUUACUUCUAAGUUCACGAUUCAGACAGCAUCAUGUUUCUUGAAAUAACCAGACGGUAGUACAGUCACAUCCCUGCAGUGUCAAAGAAAUUAGAACCUUUUGAUCGUCUGCUUGAUUUUUGUACAUGUUUUUAGUAAUUAUAUAGAGUUGUGUGGGUUUAAAGAAAAAGCUAUAUAUUAAACGAGACUCACUUUA